UGUCUCCGCAUUCUCUCUGAUGACUACAGCAAUGACGAUUAGAGAUCCGCCGGUGUCGGACUCGCUCACAGUCGAUUCCUUAUUCGAAGAUCAACUCAACUUCUCGACGUUGAUUCAGCCAUGGAGGAGAAAGACGGAGGAGAGGAGAAAUUUUCAUUUGUAUUUUUUAAUUUUUUUUAAAUGACUCGAAUACACUAGCAAACGAACAAACGAAAAAAGGAAUGCAGAAACCUUUUACACUUCAAAAUCUCAAGCCAAUGUGAAUGAAAACGUCAACAAAUCAACAAAUAUACUCAGAUCUACCACGAUGACGCCGACAUUUGGUGAUCUACAACCAUCCGACGGUUCGUAUUCAUCAUUUCGAGCCACUCAACCGGAAUCUGGCCGCUUAAACGUCCAAGUCCAUCGUCAGCGGACACACGACUGGUUCAGUUUUCCAAUAACGCAUUCGGAGAGGUUUGACUUUUGGGAAAAGAUGAACUCCGAUUUGACUCAAUUUGUUUGGAUUCACUGCGACUGUUUUAGCAGCAGCCCUAAUUUCGUAACGUUAGUUUCGAUUUGGAGCGACGAAUGGGGAAUAUCACAGAGAAAUAAGGGCGCGUUUUCGUGGCGGCCAAACAGAGCGGUAUUGUGUGAGCUUGGGACUGGCUAUGAAUUUGUUUAGGAAAAGAAACCCUAGAAGCCGUCGAGUGUGGGGAACAAAAAGGUGGGAAACAGAUUCUGGACUUCAACGCUGAUGGAUUGCUUGAAAAGUUUGACUUGGAAUCUCCCGAGAUGUUAUAUUAUAAAGAAGUUGGACUAUAAAACUCAAUUGAGAGUCUCCACCAUUGCUUGUGAACUAGUUAUCCAUGGACUCAAGGGGCCAUUCCAAUGGUGGAGAACUUGAAACAAAAGAGAUGGACAUUAGAGACCUUUCAUCUUCGCGCAACAAUACUCAGUAUAUUCACAAGGUGGGGGUUCCACCGAAGCAAGGUUUCUUCAACGAAUUUAAAGCAAGAGUGAAAGAGACUUUCUUUGCAGAUGAGCCUCUGCGAACCUUCAAGGAUCAACCGAAGUCCCGAAAGUUGGUCCUGGGAAUUCAGGCUAUCUUCCCGAUAUUUGAAUGGGGGAGGAAUUACAAUCUGACAAAAUUAAGAGGAGAUAUAAUUGCUGGACUCACUAUUGCAAGUCUCUGUAUUCCACAGGAUAUAGGGUAUGCAAAACUUGCUAAUUUGGCUCCCCAGUAUGGUUUAUACUCCAGCUUUGUACCACCACUGGUUUAUGCUUUGAUGGGUAGCUCUAGAGACAUAGCGAUUGGACCAGUGGCUGUUGUUUCUCUCUUGCUGGGAACAAUGCUACAAAAGGAGAUUGAUUACCAUACACAUCCAGAAGCGUAUCUGCGGCUUGCAUUUACAGCUACGUUUUUUGCUGGGAUCACCCAAGCCACUCUAGGGAUGCUAAGGUUGGGUUUUCUGAUUGACUUUCUAUCUCAUGCUGCCAUUGUUGGUUUUAUGGGUGGAGCUGCCAUCACUAUUGCCCUUCAACAACUUAAAGGCUUUCUUGGUAUUAAAAAUUUUACAAAGAAAACAGACAUCAUCUCUGUUAUGCGCUCAGUAUUUGAGGCAGCGCAUCAUGGAUGGAACUGGCAGACGAUAGUCAUUGGAGUAGCUUUUCUAAGUUUUCUUCUAUUAGCCAAGUAUAUUGGAAAGAAGAACAAGAGCCUUUUUUGGGUGCCUGCAAUUGCUCCAUUAAUAUCAGUCAUUCUGUCCACCUUUUUUGUUUACAUUACCCAUGCAGACCAGAAAGGUGUCGCAAUUGUGAAACACAUAGAGAAAGGAAUCAAUCCCUCAUCAGUGAAGCAGAUCUACUUCACUGGUGAGUACCUCCUUAAAGGGUUCAGGAUUGGCGCUGUGGCCGGUAUGAUAGCAUUAACGGAAGCCAUAGCAAUUGGAAGAACAUUUGCUUCCAUGAAGGAUUACCAGCUUGAUGGUAACAAAGAAAUGGUGGCACUAGGAACAAUGAAUGUUAUUGGUUCACUGACUUCCUGCUAUGUGGCAACAGGCUCGUUCUCUCGCUCAGCUGUGAAUUACAUGUCUGGCUGCCAGACUGCAGUCUCAAACAUUGUUAUGUCCUGUGUUGUAUUUCUAACUCUAGAGUUCAUCACUCCCCUUUUCAAGUACACUCCGAAUGCUAUUCUAGCUGCCAUCAUUAUCACUGCUGUGAUCAACUUAAUUGACAUUCAGGCAGCAAUUUUGCUUUGGAAGAUUGAUAAAUUUGAUUUUGUUGCUUGUUUGGGAGCCUUCUUUGGUGUGAUAUUUGCAAAUGUUGAGACAGGCCUCCUAAUUGCUGUCUCUAUAUCAUUUGCUAAGAUACUCUUACAAGUAACCAGGCCACGGGUUGCCAUUCUUGGAAAGAUCCCUAGGACCACAGUAUACAGGAACACCCAACAGUAUCCAGAAGCAACAAGGGUUCCGGGCAUUCUCAUUGUGAGAGUCGACUCUGCAAUUUACUUUUCUAACUCCAAUUACAUCAAAGAGAGGAUAUUGAGAUGGUUGGCAGAUGAGGAAGAGCAAAUAAAGAAGGGUUAUUCAACAAAAACUCAGUUUUUGAUUGUUGAGAUGUCUCCUGUUACUGACAUUGACACUAGCGGAAUUCAUGCCCUGGAAGAGCUAUACAGGAAUCUCCAGAAAAGAGACAUUCAGCUAGUUUUGGCAAACCCCGGGCCUGUAGUGAUUGACAAACUCCAUGCAUCCGAUCUUGCUAAUCUGAUUGGCGAGGACCAUAUCUUUCUAACAGUUGCUGAAGCUGUUUCGUCCUGCUCCCCAAAAUUGGUGGAAGGGGUCUAGUCUAAGAUUUGAAUGCUAGUUCGUCCAGUUAAGUAGUUCAUGAAAUGGAAGAAGAAUGGAGUGAAUACCUGCUCAGCUACAAAGCAGCAGUUUUUUUUUUUUUUAAAUAGAUGCCUGAAGAUUAAUUCAGUACCUGAGUCAGCUUGCAGGGAAAAGAAAAAAUGAACAAAAAAGAAGCGCACAACUAUGUAUUCUCUCAUAAAGCUAAAAGUAAAAGGUGAUGGUUUUUUGUACUUCGGAAAUGUCUCUAAAUAACAUCAUUAUGUAUAUAUCCACACUUAAUGAAGAAGCCUGCUCUUCUGAUCAAUUUUCCCCAGAAGAUUUCCCUUAUA